UCAAAGUGUUACUUACCAAACAAUAUGCUUCAAAUCAAUUUUUUUCUUAGUGUUUGUCUAGCUUUGGUGGUGACGGUAUGCUGCGGUUCUUCGGACUUGAGUGAACUUAAGGGGUAUAAUUUGUGUCUUAAAGAAAGACUAAAUGUUUUGGAGUCAAAAGUCGCAUCCACGUGCACUGAGCGAUCACAACCAUCUCAACAUGUGGCAUUUAUGGCGACUGCUUCACAAAAUAUCAAACCCACCAUUGGAACUCUCAUUUUUGACAAAGUUCUCACCAAUAAGGGAGGAGCCUACAACGGCAAGACUGGUAUCUUUACCGCCCCCGUACCCGGGUCAUACUUCUUCGUGGUCACUGUAAGCAUUCCAACCCCAUCCUCCGCAAAUGGCAAGGACUACGUACGGAUAAAUAUCAUGAAGAACGGCCAAAUCUCCGGGUACCUGUUCAUCGGAACUGAAGGUUUAUGGAUCAAAAGAUCGGAAAAUACGUUACUGGAGCUUUCAAAGGGAGACAAAGUAAACCUGAAUUUCAGAACCACAGGAAGUGGGUUUUCCCACAUUGCUGGAAACCAUUAUCACUCUCACUUCUCAGGAUUUUUAAUCAAUUGA